AGGUGGGGCCUGAUAGGUCCGGGUAUUAUUGUUGGGUUGGAAUUAUACGGUCUACGGUUGGAAUGAGCAGCUCGGGAGCGAGGAUACCCGGUCCAUUAACUGGCCAUAGUCAAAUGGGGACCUGGAAGUUACGGACUUGUCUCUGUCGGCCUAGCACUCAGAAAGUACAGGGAAACAGAUUUGGCUUUAGGAUAUUUAUUACGUUUUUAUUGUGUUUUUAAUCCGCAUGUAUGAAGCCGAAUGUGGUUUCGCUACACACUACAAUAUACUAGCUUGUGAUUUUAUUAUGGUGUUGAUUAUUACCGCGAGCUAGCUAUGCUAGUUCGCUACUGCUCCUGUUCAAGUUGGCUACAAGUUAACAAGAUAAGUCACUGAACCCGGCCUAACGCACUUUUUAAGUGUAUCCUAUUCCAUUCACCGGUAGCUACGUUUGGGAAUUGCCGACGACAGCAGAUUUGAAAGCGGGCGUAACAACGGAACUAGAUAAAGCAAAACUUGCUGGUACCGUUUUAGCCGUGGAAGAACUAUCUGGCUAGCUACAAAUCAUGCGGGGUGCAGCCAGUGUCUCUGCAUCUUUUGGAUCCCUGAGUCUGCUCCGGCUUUUUGGGUUACCCUGGUCCUGGAGCCUGGCGGCUUGUCUGGGGGUCUACCUGGGGACAGGGGGCUGGAGGUUCUUGUAUGUUGUGGUCCGCACUGCCAAGAGAGACCUUAAUGGUCUGUACGUGCUACUGCGCGUGAAGCUGGCCCUGCAUCGCCACAUGCGUAAAAGCAGCACCAUCCCUUCCAUCUUUGCCCAGACGGUGGCGCUGCACCCCGACAAGCCGGCACUGGUGUACGAGGCCACGGGGGAGACCUGGAGCUUCUCCCAGCUGGACCAGCUGUCCAACGCGGUGGCCCACUGGGCGCUGGGCCAGGGCUGGGCCGCGGGCGACGUGGUGGCCGUCUUCAUGGAGAGCCGCCCCCAGGUGGUGGCCCUCUGGCUGGGCCUGGCCAAGGUGGGCGUGGAGGCGGCGCUCAUCAACUUCAACCUGCGCCGCGAUUCGCUCAUGCACUGCGUGGGCGUGUCGGGCUCACGGGGGCUGGUGUUUGGGGCGGAGCUUGCGGAUGCCGUGCUGGAGGUGAGUGCGUCUCUCAGUCAGUCCAUGGUGCGCUUCUGCUCGGGGGAGCUGAGCCCAGAUCGCCUCGCCUCCCUGUCCGCCCUCCCCCUGGACCCCCUCCUGGCCUCGUCCCCCCGGCUGCCCCCUCCCUGUACCCUCCGAAAGGGCUUCAACGAUCGCCUGUUCUAUAUUUACACCUCUGGCACCACGGGACUUCCGAAAGCUGCCAUUGUGGUCCACAGCCGGUACUACCGCAUCGCUGCUUUCGGCUACCACGCCUUCGGCAUGCGUCCCGAUGACAUCAUCUACGACUGCCUGCCCCUUUACCACUCUGCAGGUAAUAUCAUGGGGGUGGGUCAGUGCCUGAUUAAUGGUCUAACAGUUGUGGUGAAAAAGAAGUUCUCAGCCAGUCGCUUCUGGGAAGACUGCAUAAAGCACAACUGCACAGUGGUGCAGUACAUUGGGGAGAUCUGCCGGUACCUGCUGUCCCAGCCGGUGCGUCCCGCGGAGCAGGGCCACCGGGUGCGGCUGGCGGUGGGGAACGGGCUCCGCCCCAGCGUGUGGGAGGCCUUCACCGAGCGCUUCCGGGUCGCGCGGGUCGGCGAGUUCUACGGGGCCACCGAGUGCAACUGCAGCAUCGCCAACAUGGACGGCAAGGUGGGGGCGUGUGGGUUCAACAGCCGGAUCCUGCCCAACGUGUACCCCAUCCGUCUGGUGAAGGUGGACGAGGAGACCAUGGCACUGGUACGGGACGGGGGGGGGCUGUGUGUCCCCUGUCGGCCUGGGGAGCCGGGGCUUCUGGUGGGCCGGAUUAACCAGCAGGACCCCCUUCGGCGUUUCGACGGUUACGCCAGUCAGGAUGCCACCAACAAAAAGAUCGCCCACGACGUCUUCAAGAAGGGAGACUCCGCCUACCUGUCAGGCGACGUUCUGGUGAUGGACGAGUUGGGGUACAUGUACUUCCGGGAUCGCAGUGGGGACACGUUUCGCUGGAGGGGGGAGAACGUCUCCACCACGGAGGUAGAGGGGACCCUCAGCACACUGCUGGGGCAGGCUGACGUGGCCGUGUAUGGAGUGGCUGUACCAGGCGUGGAGGGCAAGGCGGGGAUGGCGUCCAUUACAGACAGGACGGGGCAGUUCGACUGUGCCACCUUCCUCCGGGAGGCUCAGAAGGUCCUGCCCCCUUACGCCCGUCCUGUCUUCCUCCGCAUCUCCCCACAGAUGGACACCACAGGCACCUUCAAAAUUCUGAAGACCAGGCUACAGAGGGAGGGAUACAAUCCACGUCUCACAAGUGACCGGAUCUACUUCCUGAACUCCCGUGCUGGGCAAUACGAAAGGGUGAAUGAGGAGUUGUAUACCACUAUAGUGGAGGGCAGGAUGUCUCUAUGAGACAGACAGACCGACUGACGGGGGGAGGGUAGACAGACUGACUGACGGGGGGAGGGUGGACAGACUGACACACCCCGUCAACACUCCCCUCUCCCUCUCUCUCUCUCUCUCCAGAGUUUCCAUAGGGACGACGAGGCCUCUUAAGGGCGCGUGUGAAAGGCGACCGGUCGGUAGUGUAGGUUAGCGCUCUUACUGUUACCCUUUCAUUUGGAGUGAUGCGGCUGAAUUUUGGAGAAUCGGGGUUGAGUUUGUGAGGUGCACGCUGAUGACCUCAAACCUGGCUGCUGAGAAAAGUCUGACUU